GAACCAACAAUGAAAUUUGCAUCCGAAGGACCACGUAAAGCCCAUUUAAAAGCCCUCAAUUUGCCUAAAUUCCGCAGAUUUUAGGCAUUUGGUGGCAGCACGUGUUCUGAAGCGGGCGGUCGUCUACGUGGAGAAGACUGAGACUUCCAGUCAGUGACGACAAGCUGCUCAACAACAAGCCUCUCCUUCAGCUUGCUUUCCCCACUUGACUCUCCUGAAAUUGUGUCCGUUUUUUUUUUAUUUUUUGCACACUGCAGGAGAAGCUCCGCGUCCUCCAGGCACCGCCGUGCGCCAUGAACGCUGCAAGCAGGCACUGAGACAAGACCGAGAUGCUGAUGUCCGGGAGGCUCCGUCGCCUCCUGCUGGCUGGGACCUGUCUCUGUGUCUGCGGGACCCCCGUCCACCUCCCGAGCGGAAGCCGGGGGGCGUCCGGUCCUGCGGGGGGGAGGAGGCUGUUGGAGACGUGGGUGGGCACGGCGAAGCCCCCGCCGCAGGUGAGCUUCACCGCCGGGGAGGCCAGAGACCAGAGGGAGGGGGGCCGGGCCGAACGAGACCCAGAAACAAGCCCGCCACCCACCCCAGAAUCUCCUCACCCCGGCACGUCGAGCCAGAGGGACGCCUCCCCCAGCUGCGGCCCCCCCUCGGCCUCCCCUCGGACCUCCACGCGUUUGUCGAUUUGGGGCCGCGACGAAGCGACGUCCCCCCUCCCGGACCCCGUGUUGCCGGAAAUCGGACCAAACCUGAUGCCCAGAGAGGACGGGCCCGACAGCCUGUGGACGGAGGCGUCUCGGCCCAGUGGGGGUGAGUCAGAACCGCCGGAAAAAGUCACGUAA